UUCAGUUAGUAAUCGUGUGUGAAGCAAAGAGUGUGAUCCGUUUUUUCAUUGCUGUAGUCAAGUUAUUAUUUUGAUUUUUUUUUUCUGCAGACGCAUCUCUGAUAAUUUGUAUCUAAUGGAAGUCUUACAGAAGAUUAAAAGUGGUGAAUAUAAAAUAAUUCCAGGAAUAGGUACCAGCGCCAUUUGGAAUUAUUUCAACAGAAUUGUAUUUACUACGACUGAGCAAAAUAUACCAUUUGUAAUAUGUAGUUAUUGUGGAAAAAUAUUUAAGUUUGGAAAAGGUGCUAGCUCUUCAAAUUUAAAAAAGCACAAAUGCUACAAACGCCAAAUUGCAGAAGAAAGUGACUCAGUUCUUGGUGCAAACGAUCAAUUAAGGCAAGAAGAGGCCAGCUCCUCAAAUUUAAAUAAGUCCAAUUGCUGCAAACGCCAAAGUACAGAGGAAAGUGGAUUAAUCCCAAUGAAGAAAAGGUUGCUGGUUGGUGUGAGUGACCAAUUACAAGAAGAAGUUCUACACAAUUAUGUGAAAUACAUUUCUCGCGAUCUACGACCAUUCGACGCUGUGGAUGAUGAUGGAUUUAAGGAGUUUGCGCGAUGCUUAAUUGAAGUUGGUAUAAAAUUGGGGAAAACCCCGUUUUCAAUAGAUGAUAUUUUACCGCAUUCCACAACUGUCAGUAGUAGACUUCAGAGCCUGCACAUUGCCGAACGUGAAAAGUUUGUUGCUGAUCUGCGACCUAUUAUUGAAAGAGGCGAUUGCGCAGCCACAAUAGAUUUGUGGACAGAUAGCAAAAAACACCAGAGCUUCAUUGCUUUUACCGUGCAUUAUCUUGAUACUGACUGGAAAUUUCAAAGCCGGAUUUUGUUCGCUACUGAAUACGAAUAUUAUGAUGAGAAUGAGGGCACAACAAAUAAUACUGCGGAAAAUAUUAUUGGUGCCAUUGGAGACAAAUUCGAAGAACUGCACCUUGAAAAAGACUUGUUAAAACAGAUAACUUUUACCACGGACCAGAAACCAAAUAUUAUAGAAGCUUGCCAUAACUAUUCGCGAAUUAACUGUGUGGCCGAUGUGCUCAACCUCAUCUUGAAGCAUACAUUCGACAAAGAAACACUUAAAAGUUGUGCGCCUAAUGUUUUUAAACUGAUCACAACAGGCAAGUCUCUUGUGAAAUAUCUGGAAUUGGUAGAAGUGGAAACAAGCGUGAAGCAAGAGUGCUGCUUUAGAUGGAAUACUCAAUUCGACAUGCUGUGCGCUAUACACAAAAAUUUCAAUGUUAUUGAAGAAAUUUUGGAGACAUCUUGGUAUCAUUUGACGAAAAUUGAGAAAGAUUUACAGAGAGUAAUAAACAUUUUGGAACCAUUCAAAAGCGCAUCGUUGAUAUUAGAAGAGGAAAAUAAUGCGACAAUACAUUUAGUGUUAUUACACAUGCACAUACUUAAAGAAAAACUGUUGAAACUGCUGAAUGAGAAAAGUAAUAAUGGAAUCCCAGCGAUAGUUGAGAACUGCUUACAAAAUAUUUUUAACGAAAAAUUUUGCCCGGACAAAAUUCAUAAAAUUGCCGCCUUUUUAUGGCCGGAAUAUAAACAAUUAAGAUAUUUAACUGAACUUGAGCGUGAGGAAGUGUAUAACUUAGUGAAGGUAGAACUGAUCAAAAUGGCAUCUUCAGAAAUUCCUCAAGGUGUUUCAGUUACAAGCGUGAAAAUGGAGUCUUCUAACUCUGAUGAUAUUUUAUCGAAGUAUAAAGAUGUUCCAUUGAUGGCGAACAAUACCUCCGAAAACCAAAUAAAUCUACAAAUUGAGAUGUACAAAAAUUCGUGUUAUCCCGAAAGUAAUACUUUGAACUGGUGGCGGCUUCAUGGAGAUGAAUUCCCUUUGCUAGCAAAACUAGCGCGACAAAUUUUAUGCAUUCCAGCAUCGACAGCCAGAAGUGAAAGGUGCUUUCGUACGGCAAAACGAAUUUCAGCGGAGAGAAAAACGAGGAUCGAGGCCGAAAAUUUGGAAGCUAUUUUAUUUUUACAUUCCCAACAAAAACAGCAGGAAAUAAUAUUUUAGGUUUUCAUUUAUUUAUCAUUAUUAUUAAAAUGCUAAAUUUUAUUGGUAAAACCAAAUUAGUUAAUGUUUAAAUAAACCAGAACGUUUGAGAAAACUCAACAGC